AUGCUCGCCCACAGACUCCGCCUGCCGCUGACCGCCAGCCGAGCCUUCGCCGCCAUCCCCGGGCCGACCAGCCGCCGCCUCUCCCGGGAGAUCGACGCAUGGCAGGACGCCCGCGCCCACCAGCUCGUCGACGCCGACGGGAACAGGCUCCUCGACCUCUUCGCCCAGAUCGCCUCCAUCGCCGUCGGAUACAACCAUCCCAAGCUGCUGCAGCUCGCCCGAUCGGAUGAAUUCGUCCAGCUGGCCGUCAACCGCCCCGCCCUCGGAUCCUUCCCGCCCACGAACUGGGACGAGAUCGUGUCCACGGGGCUGCUCAGGGUCGCCCCCAAAGGGCUCGACCAGCUCUUCACGAUGAUGUGCGGCUCGUGCGCCAACGAGGGCGCACUCAAGGCCGCCUUCUUCGCCUUCCGCCAGCGCGAGCGCGGCGCCCGCCGAGCCCAGUUCUCCGCCCACGAGCUCGCCUCGUGCAUGCAAAACGCCCAGCCCGGCUCGCCCGGCCUCGUCGCCAUGAGCUUCCGGAGCGGGUUCCAUGGCCGACUGUUCGGCUCGCUCAGCUUGACCCGCUCCAAGGCCAUCCACAAGAUCGACGUCCCCGCCUUCGAUUGGCCCGCCGUCGACUUCCCCAGGCUCAAGUAUCCGCUCGUCGACCAUCAGUCCGAGAACACUCAGAUCGAGGCCGACGCGAUCGACCGAGUCGAGGAGACGAUCCAAGAAUGGAACGCCAGAGGCCGCCCCGUCGCCGCGCUCAUCGUCGAGCCCAUCCAGUCCGAGGGCGGCGACUUCCACGCCAGCCCCCUCUUUUUCCGAAAGCUACGGGAAGUGACCGCGAAGCACGGGGUCUAUCUGAUCGUGGACGAGGUGCAGACGGGCGUCGCGGCUACGGGCCAUUUCUGGGCCCAUGAGAAGUGGGAGCUUCCCUCGCCGCCCGACUUCGUCACGUUCUCGAAAAAGAUGCAGGCUGCCGGCUUCUUCCAUGCCCCGGAGACCCGGCCGACGCAGCCCUACCGCAACUACAACACAUGGAUGGGCGCUCCGACGGAGGUGUUGAAGGCCCGGACGAUCAUCCAAGUGAUCGAAGAGCAAGGGUUGGUCGCCCAGGUGAACACGGUGGGCGCGUACCUGUACAGCGGGCUCGACACCCUCGCUGGCACCGUCGGCCGGCACAAGAUCCUCAACUUGCGCGGGCAGACCAGCGGGACGUUCAUCGCCUUCGACUGUCCCUCUGCGGAGCUCCGCGACCGAUUCGUCCACCAGAUGAAGCUCCUCGGCGUCAAUCUCGGCGGAUGCGGAGACGUCACCGUUAGGUUGAGGCCUAUGCUGGUCUUCGAGCAGUCCCACGCCGACAUCUUCCUCAGCGCGGCUGAAACGGUGCUCAAGGACUUGUAA